CGGCGCUGCAACAGUACCAGAAGCUCCCAUUAUCGCGACCAUUUUGGUGGUGGGCGACCUCCUGCAACUUUUUCCUUCCCUUAUUUUUUAAUUUUUUAAUUUUUUAUUUUUUUGGGGGGGGGAGUGGGGGGGGUCCCAGCACUUUGUUUCGACAUGCCGAACAUCGUCCUCUUCAGCGGGAGCUCUCACCACGACCUGUCCCAGAAAGUAGCCGACCGGCUGGGACUGGAGCUGGGCAAAGUGAUAACCAAGAAGUUCAGCAACCAGGAGACAUGCGUGGAGAUUGGGGAGAGCGUGCGCGGCGAGGACGUGUACAUCGUGCAGAGCGGCUGCGGCGAGAUUAAUGACAACCUGAUGGAGCUGCUCAUUAUGAUCAACGCCUGCAAAAUUGCCUCGUCGUCCCGCGUCACCGCCGUCAUCCCCUGCUUCCCUUACGCCCGCCAGGACAAGAAGGACAAGAGCCGAGCGCCCAUAUCGGCCAAGCUGGUGGCGAACAUGUUGUCUGUGGCCGGCGCCGACCACAUCAUCACCAUGGAUCUCCACGCCUCGCAAAUACAGGGAUUUUUCGACAUUGCUGUGGACAAUCUGUACGCAGAGCCGGCCGUCCUGCAGUGGAUACGAGAAAAUAUCCCUGAGUGGAAAAAUUGCAUCAUUGUGUCUCCCGACGCUGGCGGCGCAAAGCGCGUGACGUCCAUCGCCGACCGCCUGAACGUGGACUUCGCCCUCAUCCACAAGGAGAGGAAGAAGGCUAACGAAGUGGACCGCAUGGUGCUGGUGGGCGACGUCAAGGACCGCGUGGCCAUCCUGGUGGACGACAUGGCCGACACCUGCGGCACCAUCUGCCAUGCUGCCGACAAGUUGAUCGACGCCGGCGCCGUUAAAGUCUACGCCAUCCUCACGCACGGCAUCUUCUCGGGUCCCGCCAUCUCUCGUAUUAACAACGCGCCGUUUGAGGCGGUGGUGGUGACCAACACGAUCCCGCAGGAAGAGAAGAUGAAGGCCUGCCCAAAAAUACAGGUCAUCGACAUUUCCAUGAUCCUGGCAGAGGCCAUCAGGAGAACCCACAACGGUGAAUCCGUGUCCUACCUCUUCAGCCACGUCCCCUUGUAAAGGCGAGCAGGGGAGGGGCCCCCCGUCGGAUCCAUCGGCUGCGUGACCGCACCCCUCCCUGAACGGCGUUAAGGUGGUUUUGGCGAACGAGGCCUCGCCCGCGGCUCGUCUCCGAGAGUUUCCAUCCGGGAGAUGUGACGGACCCCGCCCCCGCCCUCACGCUGACCAAAGCGUCCGUUACGUACCUGUCGUGUCCCGUACUAAACUUUAAAUGAAGCGUUCCACUUCCACUCCACAUUUGACUUCCAAGAAUGUUUUGGUAACUUGCACCUUUAGCCAUCAAGUAUUCUCAUCCGCUGUCGCUGGAAGUCGCGCAGUUGCGGUCAGGAACAACCCACCGAGUCUAUUAAAGUGCUCCAAAAAGGUCAUGCGAACGGAUCGAAUCCGGAGAUUUGUUUUCGUGUUAUUAAUUGAUAAAAGAUUCAAGUCGUGACUGACGCUGAGGAAUUUUGUACCUGCAAAGGGUCUCGUUGUUUUUUUGUAACGCAAGUCAAGCAGCUUCUUUUGACAAUAAAGCUUUGACACUU